AUGAACAUUUGUGGCCUCAUUGAAUACAACGAUUUGUCUUAUUGGAAACUUGAGAUAGGCGGCCUAUUGUGGCUCUCACCACUUGCUCUCGACCUCUACAGUCAACCAUCACGGCCAAUAAUGACUUCAACCCCUCGACAAACAAGAAUUCCGUUUGGAACUUCGUUCACCAAUCUUCCUAGCCCCAAACCAUCGACCCCUUUUGCACAGAAUUCACUCAAGCAGGAUCAAAGUCAAAGACCAAACCAUAAGAACAGGAAAGCACUUUCAAAAGCUCAUGAAACCUGUUCAUUAAGCCAAUCGACGUCCCUGCAUUUACACCAAGAAAAGGUUCCGCGUCAACAAGCAUUAAUAGUACUUCCUACUAUUACAGAAGAGAAAGAGAACCGACAGAAUGGUCACCAAAACUCCAUCAUUUCCAAUGCGGGUUCAAGCAACUUCGACCCCUCUCUCGCUCCCCUAUUUUGUGGGCCUCCUUCGGAUGAAAUGACUAUUGUUCCGCCUUCUGGUUUAACAGAAAUGGAAGAAAGGUGUAUGAUCGAAGCGUAUGAUAUUCCAAACUCUCCCGAGGACGAUGGAGAUGCUGACGACGAGGACUGUGACGCUAUCAUCGGUCGUGGUGUGCUUGUACCUGCUGCAGUAUUUCUCCCAGACCCUUCUGCCAAUGCCAAUCGCGACGCUAGCUCUAUUAAGCUUGUAAAGAUAAUCGAAGAAGGCGAAGAGGUCCAUUCCACAGAAAUUCCUGAAAGAUCUCAUCCAAUAGUCAAGUCACUCUCCACACGUUCAAGGGAGGCCCAGCUCGCUCGAAUUUAUGAAACGCGCCCAGUAACAACUUCCCUCCUUUCCUUCACAGACGACACUCCUAUGGCAGUGAAGCGUCGUGUUCACCCCAAACGGAUGUGGCAGGCGAGAUACGGGCCAGUGGAAUCUGAUGCACUUCGAAAAGAAUCCUGCGAGCGUCGCCGUUUACUCCAAUCCGGCUUAAGGUUUCUACCGGCUUUCCCACCUUUGUCUAACGAGCCAAAUUUAUUGCUCUUUCCACGUGCUGGUAGUCUCCAUCAACUACAUUCUCCAGAAUCAAACGGCAGUCUAGAGGAUUAUGCUCUGGGAUAUGUGGAUCUCAGCUUCAUUCGCAAGUCUCUCUAUGCAUUCGACCUACGCAUGCGUACUGGGACCGACUUGUGGUCGGACGAGGAGGUGGACGGUGAUCAAACAUCGACUUCAUUUGAUACAUCCGCAUCCGGUGACCAAACUUUCCUCGAUAAUAUUUCGAUAAAUCAAGCAGACAG